AUGGCUCGUGGAACACGAUUCCGCAUCUCAAACGCAAGCUCGGCUUCUGGGCGCAAAGGUCGAUGCUCGGCGCCCAGCUCGAGAGUUUCGCUCAGCAGCGACGCCAGCAGUCCGCACCGCCAGAGCCACGGCAAUGAUUGGCACGGUUUCGGCACCCCUGGCGGCCACGACGAGCACGAUGACGGAAGUAACGACAGUCUGCUGCACGAGAUCAUCAUGGCCCUUGAUAUGAGAGACGGCGGCUCCAUGGGAUGUGCCUUUUUCACGACAUCCACUGGAGUCCUCUCCCUUUCGGAGGAUCUUCCCUUGGCUGACACCAACAUUGCCGAGCACUUCAUCACUCACGUCCAACCAACUACGCUGCUCGUCUCUGCGAGAGCCCCCGAGCAUCUUUUGGACUACCUCGGAAAGCAGGCAGUUCCCCACAACAGGCCCGACGAUUGUCCUCCAAGGUUCAUUCUUCGUGCACUGGCAUCUUCUGACUUCUCACCAUCUUCGGCCCACGACAGGCUUGUGGACUUGCAGCUUGACGAAUCGCUGGGCCCAUCAGCCAUCUUUUCCACUGCGGCUAUUGGCAGCGAUGACUUCCGGCCAUGCGAGCAAGAACAAGCUGUAGACAAUUUUGACCCGCAUGAGUCGGCAAACUUCAGGCUGAUGCGUUUUGGGUCCCUCGUCAAUCUCGACAGUCAAGCAUCAGUCACUUGCGCCGGUGCGGUUCUAGCAGAGCUCCAUCGAAGACGAUCCACGGGCUGCCUCCCCGAUGACGGGGGCGCAGCGGCCGCACUUGAAGUCAUCUCGAUCCAGACGUUCUCGUUGGCGAAUUACGUCUUUGUCAACGCGGAAACACUCCAGUCGUUGCAGAUUGUUCACGCCGAGCUUCAUCCCAACAGCCAAACUUGGGGGCCAGACCCCGACAAGGCUGGUGGGAAGGAGAGCCUAUCAAUAUACGGUCUCUUCCAGACUUUAGCAUCGACCCCCCAAGGCCGGGUAUGCCUGCGACAACUGAUGCUUCGCCCAACUGUGGACAUGGAAACCAUUACGGAGAGACACCGCAUGAUAGCUCUGCUCCUACGCCCGGAGAAUGCCGAAAAGGCGAAACAAGCAUCGACCAUACUAAAGAAGAUCCAGAACAUGAGGGCGACCGUCUCUCAGUUGCGCAAAGGAGUCAGUUACCCCUCUACCAAACGGUCGUUCAACAGGGGCGUAUGGGCUACGAUCAGGCGAUUUGCGGUGCAGACGUUGGAGCUCCGGGAACUAGUCGGCACUAUGUGUGGAAGAGAGGAAAUUGGUGCGAUCCAAAAGCUAGCCUCGAGCAUCCAUCAGUCAGCUUUGGUUGCGGUAGGUGACAUGAUUGACAAGACUGUCGAUUUCGACCAGUCCGAAUCCCGCCGACGCACAUCGGUAAAGGCUGGGGUUAAUUCUCGUCUCGAUGAACUCAAAAGGCAAUACGACGGCAUGGGUAGCUUCUUGACGCAAGUCGUCAAUCAUGUGAACCAAGAGCUGCCAGAGUGGGCAAGUCAGUAUAUCCGCUCAUGCAUCUUCUUGCCUCAAGUCGGCUUCCUCAUGGUUGUUGAACUCGACCCUGCUACAGGCAAUGGCAAGUAUGAGGGCGAGGGGGCUGGCGCCGAGAGGUGGGAAAAGCUGUUCAAAGCAGACGGCGCGGUGUGCUACAAGAACCGCCACAUGAGGGAGCUUGACGAACAGUACGGCGAUAUGUACUGCGAAAUCGGAGACAUGGAGGUCGAGAUCAUUCACCACCUCGCCACGACUGUUCUUAAGUAUGAAAUGGACCUCGUCCUGGCGUCAGAUGCUUGCGGCGACUUCGAUGCCAUGCUGGCGCUGGCCCUCGGAGCCGAAAAGUACAGCUGGACGGCACCGCGAAUGACGAGAUCCAACAUGAUACAGAUAGAAGACGGCCGACAUCCUCUCAUGGAACUUGUAGUGCCUUGCUUUGUGCCAAACGAUUGCGAUCUCGGCGGGAAUCGGGACACCUCUGGCCCUGGAGAAUCCGAACAGGCAAGCGUCUUUGUCCUGACCGGCCCAAACCAUUCGGGGAAGAGCAUUUUUCUCAAACAGGUUGCCAUCAUUGUGUACCUGGCACACGUUGGCAGUUUUGUCCCAGCUGGUCGAGCCGUUGUUGGCAUUGCAGACAAGAUCAUGACGCGAAUCUCGACACGCGAGAGCAUGUGCCGUACCCAGAGUGCGUUCGCAAUUGAUCUCCGGCAGGUUGCACAGGCAAUGCGGUGUUCAACCCGGAUGAGCCUGGUACUCAUUGACGAGUUUGGCAAAGGUACUAACCCGGACGACGGGGCUCCGCGGCUUCUGGUCGCGACACACUUCCACGAGAUAUUCGAAGGCCGCUACUUGAACAUGCACGACAAUCUUCUCCUAAGUCACAUGGACGUGAGAACCGACUGGGCAGCCCAACGGACCGAGGAUCAGAUCACGUAUCUCUUCAAACUUGUCAGGGGGCACAGCUCAUCGAGCUUCGGUGGUCGAUGUGCGGCGCUCAACGGAGUGCCCAGCGCCGUCGUGGGCCGUGCAGAGGCAUUAUCGCUGCGGCUCAGUUGCAACGAGGAUUUGAGCUCCUUUUGUGCGAGACUAUCGAUGGAGGAGGAACGGCAGCUGCAAUGCGCCGAACGUGUGGCCAGACGAUUCCUGCAGGAAGAUUUUGAUGAAAUCACGGAGGGGCCCGGACAAGCCGAGUCAACGGUCAAGGCGGUUUUGUGCAGCAUCAUCUCGGAAGGCUCCUGA